AUGGCGAGUCCGCCCCUUUUGCCGGGUCACUGGCUGAAUCUCUCGUCUUUUUAUAAGUUUCAGGAUUAUAAAUUGCCGCACAAGCUCGACAUUUUAAAUGGCUUUUUCGUGGUGCGCGACACCAAUUACGGCAUCGGAAAGAGACCGACGGACGCGGCAUCGGCCGCGUACGCUGAAGUACCAUAUCGCGUGGAGUACGAUCCGUCGUUGGUUUACGGCCGGGUACCUCGUUACGCGUACCGGCAAUUCGUGCCACAUUACGCGCUGUUUGCCCAGAAAUGCCUCUGCUUCAAGGCCUUCUUUCGCCAGAGGGUCCUCAAUUCUCUGGAUGAGCGGUGUCGCGUCCGGCACGUGAAUAUCCUCUAUUUCCUGGAGGACGACACGCUCUGCGUGAUGGAACCCGUAGUGGAAAACGCUGGUUUCCUGCAGGGCAAGCUGGUAAGGCGCGAGAGAAUCCCGAAGAAUGACAAAGGGGAUCUAUUCAUUUGGAAGGAUUUCAACGUCGGGAUCGACGUGUGCAUCUACGGCGUCGUAUACCACAUCGUCGACUGCGAUCCGUUCACCCGGGAAUUUCUGACUAGCCAAGGUGUGGACGUCGGCGAGAAGGAGACCGCACCCGCGGAUCCUUACAUGGAGCAGCGCGAGAUGCGGGCGGCAGUUCCGGACGAGGUGAUGAUCGAGGACUCCAGACGACGUUUCCUGAAGUACGAUAAGAUGGUGUUGUCGUUCGAUGCCACGUGGAACGGCGAUCGUUACCGGCUGAUGUACUUCUUGUCGGACGACACAAUCGCCAUCAGCGAGAUUCACGAGCGCAACGACGGCAAGGAUCCCGUGCCCUUGCUACUGAAGCGAAUGCGGGUGCCCAAGGAUUGGAAGAACCUGCCGCCGUCUUGGCAGCCGACGGAUCGCGGGGAUUCCGAAGUCGUCGAGUAUUACACGCCGCGCGACUUUCGAGUGGGCGAGAGGGUCUUAGUGCUCGGUCGACGCUUCCUGCUGCACGAUUGCGACGCGUUCACGCGCGAGUACUACUCUAACACGCUGAGGACGCCGCAGCCGAACCCGAUCCCGCCGGUUGAGAAAAAGGUGGAGAGGCCGGCGACGAGUUACGAGGUGCCGGCGCAUAUCGACUUCGGCAGCCCCGAGGACACGUACGCCAGCUGCCUGUCGUUCAUACUCAAGCCACCGAGGAAGAACGUGAUCCGCCAACUGGUGAACUUUCCGAAGAAGCUGCGUUACUCCGCCCGGAUGGACGCGGCGCAUCCGGAGGACGAGGGCCGCGAUUUUGUGCUGGUUUACAGUCUCAGUGACGGCACCAUUCAGAUCAUCGAGAUCAGCAAGCGCAAUUCCGGCCGACUCGAGGGCUGCUUCCUAUCUUCGAGGGUGAUACCGAAGCCGGGCACCGGCAGGGACGAUCCGCAGUACUACACACCGGAAGACUUCUUCAUCGGCGCGCGCAUCAACGUCUUCAAUCAUAUCUUCGUCAUCACUGGCGCCGAUCUGUUCGUCUACCGCUACGUCGAGGCGAAUCACGACAAGUUUCGCGAGGAUGUGCGCGAGAACCUGCGGAAUUACUUCCUACAGCAAGGUGCGCCGCGGGACGACCGCGUGGGCGUGGCAGAAGUCGAUAAUAGAGCGCAAGAGGCGGAGGACGAGCGGCCAGAGGGUGUCCUCGAGGAUCACGCGGUCGCAGUAACCGGCGAGGAUCACGUCGACGCGUGCGAAUUCGACACGACCGAUAUCGCGGACAAAUGACGUCGGUUGAUCGAUCAGAUGCGAGAAUGCGUCGUAGUGUGUUAAUUUACACCGAUCGUCUGAUACACGUACUAAAUAAAAAUUUUCUAUUAAAUUUUCUUCAUAUUGAUGAUGCGUGUACACAAUGGUACGCUUAGGGUCUUAGCAGAAUGGCUGACUUGUCGGUUAAAGAAGUUUUAUGUCUUUAGUAAUGCGCAAUGAUUUGGUCUUUUAGCUCUUUUCAAAACUAGUUGCCCUAGUUCAAGAAACGUACAUAUACAUUGAAGCGUAUGAAUCGUACGUGCGAGAUUUUUAUGCUUCAGUGCACAAAUUCCUUCAACAGUUGUGCAGCUAAGUUCAGCUAAGAAGCUGUUUUGCUUGCGAUUGAUGACGAAUCGUUGUAUGAAGAAAAAAGUAAAUGAGAUGAUAAUUUAGACAAAGAUUUAGGGCGUGAAACAUUGUCUUAAAAUUUCAAGUCUAUCGUCCUGCUAAGACUCUUAGCUGACACAGGAGACUCCAUUAAUAUUGUCCUGUUCCUUAGGUAUAAUGACAUCGGAAUUUCCAAUUAGACGCAUCAUUUCUAAAUAUUCAUGCAUCAACUUGAUUAUUCCGGGAAUCGGCAACGAUGCUCCCCAGAACAGCAGCAUGAAUAUUAUAAUGAUAUUAUAUUAUAAUAAUAUAUAAUAUUCAGAAACGAUGCGCCUAAUUGGGAAUUUCCAAUGUCACUAUGUCUAGGGAAUGGGACAGCAUUAUGGAGUCUUCUGUAUAGUCGCGCCAAGAAGACGUAUUGUGCCAUUCGAAUAUAUCGUCGUUUAUAUGCCGAAGUUGGGAUAAAUUUAAUAGAGUUACUAGUUGGUACAUGUGUUAAACGAUCGGUGUAAACAAGGCUAAUGUCCGGUGCCAAUCGUCCACCUCAGUCUACUAUUGACUUUAGUUAAUGAAAUCGCCGGUAAUUUCCACUCACGGGUCGCUCAUGGAAAUCAUAGUGCUCUCCGCGAAGCAAUUCUGAAUGACAGCGAUGAACUCUGUGAGUUCUCGAGACAAUUUCAAAUGGCGUGACGUUUCACACCUUCACCGGGAAGAAAUCUGUUCCAGUGUCGUUCAUCGGAAAUAAUUCACAAUCGCUCUACGUUAUUAUAUUAUUAUAAUGAUGCUGUCGCGCUGCGAAGGAUGUAUCGAAAAAAGUGGAGAACAGAGAUGCGUUUAACAAUAAGAAUCAUAUCUCAUGAAAUGUCAUCAAAUGGUACAAUAAUAAUAAUAAUAAUAAUAAUAAUAAUAAUAAUAAUAGUCGUCAUCGUGUACAUUACAAUAUUAUUAAUUG